AGAAUGGCCUCCUCUCCAUUUCCUGCUUUGGUCUGUGGCCGGAAUCGAAUCCUCCUGUUCUUGUACAAAGAUGGCUGAAUAUGAUUUGCUGGUCCUGAAUGGACUCGUCGUGACAGAUAGCGAAACUGGGGAGUUUGAUAUUGCAGUUAAGGAUGGGAAGAUUGCUAAGGUUGUCCCGAGGGGCUCUUUGGCCGGAGAGAAAUCCAAAAAGACAAUUGAUGCUCAAGGCGGGAUGGUUAUGCCAGGUGGUGUAGACGCUCACGUACAUUUGGACGAGCCUCCAUUGUUCGGAAAAAGUGCAACUGCAGAUAACUAUGAGACUGGGACGAGGUCUGCUAUCGCCGGAGGGACUACGACAGUCAUAACAUUCGCACCGCAGCAUAAGAGCGAGCCCUCUCUCCUCGCCUGUCUGGAGGCCACACACGCCAGAGCAAAAGACAACUGCUAUUCAGACUACAGUUUCCAUCUGAUAUGUUCCAACGCUGGGCCCAAAGCCAUCUCCGAGUUCGCUGCUCUCCGCGAAGCGGGGAUCUCUUCACUCAAAAUAUACAUGACCUAUGAGGCCUUGCAGCUACAAGAUUCCGAGAUCCUGGACGUGCUUUUCGAAGCCCGGAAGCAGAAGAUCGUCACCAUGGUGCACGCCGAGAACGGGGCCAUCAUCGACUGGACGAUCAAGAGGCUGGAGGAGAAGAAGCUCUUCGCCCCCAAGUAUCAUGCCACAAGCCACCCUCCCGUAGCCGAAAUCGAGGCUACGUACAGAGCUAUCAGCUUCAGCGGUUUCAUCGACGUGCCUAUCCUCAUCGUUCACGUUUCUUCGCCAGCGGCCGCGAAGCAUAUCUCGGAUGCUCAGAAAAAGGGCCUGCCGGUAUACGCGGAGACAUGCCCGCAAUACCUCUUCCUCACCCGGAAAGACCUAGAUCAGCCGGGUUUCGAGGGGGCGAAAUGCGUGUGCUCACCUCCGCCGCGAGAAGGAGAGCAGGAUCACGAGGGUAUCUGGAGAGGGCUGGAAGACGGGACGUUCACGGUCUUAAGCUCUGACCACUGUCCGUUUAUCUACGAUGACCCAGAGAAGGGCAAGAAAAUAGUCAUCACCCCCGAGUACCCGAACGGCCAUUUCAGAUAUAUCCCUAAUGGAUGUCCGGGUGUCGAAACAAGACUUUCAUUAGCAUUGUCUGCAAACCGUCUCAAAUUACAGAAAUUCGUAGAAGUGACAUCCACCAACGCAGCGAAGUUGUAUGGAUUGUAUCCCAAGAAAGGAGCCUUGAUCCCAGGCGAAAGUGAUGCGGAUUUGACUAUUUGGUAUCCAGAGGGUAUGAAAGAGUUCGUGCUCAAGAAUGAGAUGCUGCAUCAUAAUGUCGAUUAUACGCCAUAUGAGGGUAGAACCAUGAAGCAGUGGCCUAGGUACACGGUGUUGAGAGGGGAGGUCGUCUGGGAUAAGGACAAUGGAGGAUUGGUUGGAAAGAAAGGAUACGGUCAAUUUUUGAAGAGAGAUGUCAGUACGCUGGCUGGUAGCAAGAAGGCGGAGUGGAACGUUGAGGACUUCUAGCACUAUAUUCAGAAUAGAAUUGAAAAUUAAAUGAACUCUUGGAC